GGCCACAGCCCUAUAAGAGCACGGGGCUCCUCGGGCGGCAAGGAGCAGAGCGAUGGAGCAGCGUGGAGUGGCCAUGGCCAUCGGUCCUGCAGUGCUGGCCAUCGCCUUCCUGGGCGCUGUAGCCUCCGCCCCCGACACCUGUCCAGAGGUGAAGCUGGUGGGUCUGGAGGGCUCCGACAAGCUCUCCAUCCUCCGAGGCUGCCCGGGGCUGCCCGGACCCGCAGGGCCCAAGGGAGAGGCAGGCGCCAGUGGACAGAAGGGGGAACGAGGUUCUCCCGGAGUCCCCGGGAAGGCAGGGCCGGCCGGGCCCAAAGGUACCAAAGGAGACCGAGGGGAAAAGGGCGCGGGCGGAGAGAAAGGAGAGCCGGGGCAGCUUCAUUCCUGUGCCACAGGACCUCGGACCUGUAAGGAGCUGCUCACCAGGGGGCACUUUCUGAGCGGCUGGCACACCAUCUACCUGCCCGACUGCCGGCCCCUGACCGUGCUGUGUGACAUGGAUGUGGAUGGCGGGGGGUGGACCGUUUUCCAGCGAAGGAGUGACGGCUCUGUGGACUUCUACCGGGACUGGGCCGCGUACAAGCAGGGCUUCGGCAGUCAGCUGGGAGAGUUCUGGCUGGGGAAUGACAACAUCCACGCCCUGACCGCCCAGGGAAGCAGCGAGCUCCGGGUAGACCUCAUGGACUUUGAGGGCAACCACCAAUUUGCCAAGUACCAGUCAUUCAAGAUGGCGGGUGAGGCAGAGAAGUACAAGCUGGUCCUGGGAGCCUUUGUCGAGGGCAGUGCAGGUGAUUCCCUGACGUCCCACAACAACCACUCCUUCUCCACCAAAGACCAAGACAGCGACAAAAGUACUACAAAUUGUGCAGUGCAGUACCAGGGGGCCUGGUGGUACAACACUUGUCACGUGUCAAACCUGAACGGUCGCUACCUUGGGGGGCCCCACGAGAGCUUUGCAAACGGCAUCAACUGGAGGUCAGGGAAGGGGUACAACUACAGCUACAAGGUGUCGGAGAUGAAGGUGCGGGCCACCUAGGGCGGGGCUGGCCGGCCAGAGCCUCUGGGAGCAGCUCCCUCUGCACACGGCCCGGCGGGGCAGCUGGUCCAGAGCCCUCCCCAGGGAGGUGCUGCGGACCUCCGCGUCACUAUCCUCAUGGGAGCAGAAGAGCCGCAUCCUGUGCCCUGGGCAGGAGGCUCUCGCUCUGUGCCUCCACUGACUUCCAACCCUUCUGUCCCACUCACGACGAUAAGAGAAAAUGCUACUCCAGAGCUUG